UGGCUGCAAAAAUAGUAUUUAGGGAUAGAUUGACGGCGUCCUCGUAGUUCGUGCGUUUGCCCCCUUAAUAUUUGUUGAAAUUCUGUUUGGGUGUUGUUCCAGAAGGAAACCUCACACAGGUAGUCGCAGCCAGCCCCCCAAGAGAAAGAAGAGCUAGCCAAGGACUUCGAUUGCAAUUUGAAGAACAUCAAGGACUCGAUAGCUAAGGCUAAUUGAAAUGGAUGGCUUGUGAUUAGGGUUGGUCCUGCCUCCCUCCUGAGCUUAGAAUUAUACAGUGAAAGCUCCUGAACUCAAGUAAAUGUUCACUAAUUGAGUUCCAUUUCUUGGGAUUUUUUUGUUGAAGCAUGGCUACAAAUUCCGAAGAAAUCUUGCCCCUUGAGAGAAUCAGAGGAACCAUCAUUCCCUCUCUCCUUGACCAUCUCUCCAAGGCCAAACUCUCCCUCUCUAACAGCCAAAGGGAUUAUGAGAUCAACAUGGCCACCCAAAUCGAAAAGUUCUGGAAAGACCUCAUUUACAUCAGGCAGGCAUUCACCGGGCUCAAGAAUUUAGAAGAAAGCGCUAGCGCUCUUUUCAAGAUUCUCCUACAACCACAGCACAGCCUCCACCAACUCUUGGAUCAGCCCACUCAAUUCCACAUCCAUGACUCACGAGUGAAGCAAUUUCAAUCCAAGCUUCGGGUCCUGAGUGAGAUAAUCAUCAAACUAAAACUCCUAAUUCCGUCCCCGCACAAAAUGGUGUUGAACAAGGCUAAUCCUUUGUCAUUGACUGGUGUUGUGUUCGAUCCCAACAAAGUACUUGAUCAAUUGUCUGACUUACAUUUCAGUAAGGUUUUUGGAGAUAGCCCCACUUUUAAAGAUUUUCGGGUUGUAUAUAACAGUCUUCAUGUUACUACAAAGCUCUGCUUGUUGUGUUUCGCCGUGUUUCCAGAAAAUGAGGUUAUAAAGAAGAGGCUUUUGGUACAUUGGUGGAUUGGAGAAGGGUUCCUGAACCCUCCUGUUGAUAGCAAAGAGACGAUCGUGGAAACUGCAUAUGGUGUAUUUGAAGAGUUAACAAAGAAGGGCUGCAUUGAACCUGUUUACAAGAAACGGAGAUCAGUUGUGCAUAGUUUUAAAAUGCACCCUCUUAUUCGUUCCGCAGUGAUUGUGAUUGCCAAAGAAGUGAGAUUCUUUGAUUUUGAUAGUAAAGGAAAUCCCACUGCCAACUUUUCAUGGUCUCACCGGGCUUGCUUGAUGAAUGGGUCUUCUCAUCUGACAUUGGCAAACAGACCCGAUUUGGAUCCAGAGAAGCUGCAGACUAUAUUCAAUGUGAAUGAGGCUUAUCCAGAUUUUUCCAAAGUUGACUGGUCUAGGUUAAGGAAUGUGAAGGUUCUUUAUCUUGGAAGGUGGCACAGCAGAGCUAAUCAUCACAUUGAAGUAGAUGACAUUGAAUUCUUUAAAGGGAUGAGGUAUAUGAGACAUUUGAUUUUCUUCAGCCUACGAGGGAUAUCUAGGAUUAUGGAGCUUCCUGAUUCACUAUGCAAGCUUUCUAGUCUCAGGAUCUUGGAUCUUAGUGCAUGCCACAAUUUAGAAACACUUCCAGAGAAAAUAGGCUCGCUUAAGAUGCUCACUCAUUUGGAUAUGUCUGAGUGUUACUUGCUGGAGCACAUGCCUAAGGGGAUUGCCUUGCUCUCAGAACUCCAAGUUCUUAAAGGAUUCAUAAUCUGUGAUCAUAAGAAUGAUAGUUCAUGUACUCUUCAUGAUUUGUCAGCUUUGAAGAAGUUGAGGAAAUUGACAAUCAACACCAGCAGGAAGGAUUUUCCCAGAGAAGAAGAGCUAAUUGGUUUCCAACAGUUUGGAUCGCUUCGAAAGCUAACAAUAGCAUGGGGAGGGUUAUACCUCCCCCCAGCCAUCCAGCCAGCAACAUAAAACACUUUGAAGAGUAGGGGAGGUAACCAAACACAAGACAAUGCUGCACCAGGGCCAGCAACACCAACUGGCAUAAGAAACCAUAUCCGUAAAAUCCCUUCAAGAUUACCAACCUUCAAGCGAAUGACUAGAACUACUACCAUGAAUCAGGAACAUUUUAAGGAACUAGAGAAGCUGGAUCUGCAGUGCUACCCUCAGAUGACAGCACCCAGUUGGUUGAUGCCUGGAAAGCUUAAGAGUCUGAAGAAACUCUACGUUAGAGGAGGACAGCUCCAAAGUCUAGGUCAAGUUCACGAGAAUGACAAGUGGACAAUUAGGAUAUUACGUCUGAAGUUCUUGAGUGAAUUAAAGAUGGAUUGGAAUGAACUCCAGGUGUCAUUUCCAGACUUGAUAUAUUUGGAGAAAUUUAGAUGCCCUAAGCUCACUUUCUUCCCAUGCGAUGCGAGUGGCCUAUGGCUGAAGCCCCUGAACUUGAACAAUGGAAUCAGCACAGGUGGAACUCUUGUUAUACAUCAAGGCCAUGUUUGGUGGGCCGGCUACUGGAUUGGACUUCAUAAUUUGGACUGGACCAGACUUUAAGUAUGUUGUUUGGUGCUAUACUUACUUUGUACUGGACGGAAAACAUAAUAAUUUUA